GAGUGCAGUCUAACUUUGCCUUCGCUAGUAGUUUUAGGCCGUGAAGGCCGGUUACUUAGUUCUUCGGUCUUCCCAUGAGAUCACCGCGCUUUUCGACUGCUUGGAGCUUGAGCGAAUAGGCGUGUAGCCAGCCCGAGAGGCGUCGGCGGAGGAGGAAGGUCGAACGGAGUAAGGCGAGGAGGGAGGGGAUUCGCGUAGGAGGGGGAGGAGGUCGACACGGGGGGGCAGGGAGGGCGUCCGAUGGACGAGGCGGCGGCGAGAGGCGUGAAGCGAGCCCGCUCCGGAUCCUGCGAUACUCGCGGUGAAGCAAGAGGCGAGACUAGUGCAUGCGACGCUGCGUCCCUCUCCACAGCAGCUGCGACGGGUAACCAGAUGCAUGGCGACGUCGCUCGCGGUCAUACGGUAGUGUGUGCGAGUGUGCGAGCACCAGAGCUGCCCGUAGCGUCGGGCUCCACGGCUGACAUGGCGAUAGGCUCAAGGCCGGCAGGCUCAAGGCCGGCAGAGAGCGGUCCGAGCGCGUGCCGCGACGGCCGGAGCAAGCGAGUGAGAGGCGAGACGAGCAUGGCGAGUGUCGGCGUGGGCAGCGGCGGCGGCUAUGGCUCGGCUCCGUCGCAGGCGGGUACUGCCGGGUGCGACGAGCGCGCCGGGCUGGCGGCGGAAGGAGGAGGCUCUGCCGCUCAUGCCGCGGGGGGCUCUGGCGCCCGUCCCGUGGCCCGUAGUGGCUCGGCUGCCGUCGCCUCCGCGCCUGUUGCUGGUGCUGCUCCCCGCCCUGCCACCGCUACGGCUACCGCUGCUGGGCAUAUGUCUGGGACCGCUGGUGACGCUGCUGCCGCUGCCAGCAGUGGCUCUGCUGCUGCUUCCACUGUUGCCUCCACUGCUGCUGCUGCUGCUGCUGCGGUUGGCGUCACUGGCGCUGCUGCUGCGCACGGCACAGCGUGUCCUUCUCAAGGGGCUGUCGCUCCAGCGGUUGACACGAAGCCAGAUGCCAGCACCCCUGGCGCUGCUCCCCAACCCGCCCAGCCUGCUCGCGUGCAAGUGCAAGCGGGUGCCAGUGCACGGGCGGAGACAGGGGGGGGGAGCGGAGGGGAGGGCGGGGGGAGCGGAGGGGAGGGCGGGGGGAGCGGAGGGGAGGGGGGUGGGGGAGCGGGGGGGGACGAGGAGGUGGCGCGGGCGGCGCAGCUGGCGGAGGACGAGCGGCUGGCGCGGGAGCUGCAGCGGGCGUACGAGGAGGAGAGCUCCAUCCCCUUCGGCCGUGGGCUGGCGACGGACUACCAGCUGGCGAUGCUGCUGCAGGCGGAGGAGACGCAGCACCUGCGCUCGCGCAUCAUCCGCGCACAGCCCCGCCGCCGCCACCAGCCAGCCAGGCAUGACCCCAGGCAGCGGCCGGGCGAGCAGAGCGCGCAGCACGCAGAAGAUCCGGCUCCUGCUCCGCCUGAACAGCGCUCGCCUGCAGGGCACACUGGCGAGGCAGCAGGGCGCGGGCAGGCUGGGGGCGGAGGAGGGGGGGGCGAGGGUGGAAGGGGCGAGCCGAGGAUGGGUGAGCAGGGGAUGGUGGCGGAAGGGGAGAGGGGGGAAGAGGGGGAGGGGCGAGAACCCGCUGGCAGAACUACUGGUGGCGGCAGUGCCAGCGGUGGUGCUGGCGGCGCUUCUGGUGGUGCUGGUGGCUCACAUGCGCGCCACCCCAGCACCGCUGCAAUGCCCUCGGGAUCCAGCCGGACCUUGGAAGCCGCCCGCCUGGCAAGACUAGGCAUGGCCGCAUCUGCAGACCGUGCCACGUCAGCAGCAGCAGGGCGGACCACGUCAGCACUAAGGAGCUACGGGCGGUGGUUGAGGCGAGAGGCGGUGGCGGAAACAGUGGCGGCAGCAGCAGCGCUGCGCAGUCAGCAGCAGCGGGCGGGUGCAGCUGGGGGAGGCGUAUCUGGGGGCGGCAUGGAUGGGAUGGGGGCGGGCAUGAGUGCAGCGGAGGUGCAGCAGGAGCUGCGGGACGCGGCUGAGUUCAGAGCGCUGCUGCGCGUGGAUGGCGUCCUCCCGAGCCAGCCUGCUCGCCGCCUACAGCCUUUGAGACCCCAGCCCACUGCACCUGCACCUGACCAAGCACCUGAACAAACGCCCGAGGAUCCAUGUGAGAGGCGCGGUGAGGGGGCAAAUGUGGAGGCAGUUGAGGUGACGGAAGGAGGUGCAGGGUCAGGUGGAGAGAGAGGAGAGGCGCUUAGGCAGGAGGAGGGGAGAGGGGAGGAGGAGGAGGCGGAGGAGGAGGUGGAGGGAGAAGAGGAGGAGGAGGAUGAGGAGGUAGAUGAGGAGAUUGAGAUGGUUGAGGUGGAUGGUGGGUUGGGGAUGGGCAUGGGCUUGUUGGAAGGGGGUGCAGGCGAGGAAGCUUAUAUGGAGGAUGUGGAUGGAGGGCAUGAGGCGGAUGAGUUGGAUGCCGUGGAUGACGUGGAUGCUGUCAACCACAUGGACGACGCGUUUGAGUUCGACCUCACCACGGGGGAUGUGGGCCGCGUCAGCCACCUGCCGCUGCGUGUGGAAGGCGUGCCGGGGGAAGGGCAGGGAGGGCUGCACCCCACUGCGGGAGGCGCAUGUCUGGGCGCGUGGCAGGAGAGGCAGGAGAGGGACGAGGCGACAGACGUGGUUUCCACAGCCGCAGCGGCUGAGGUGGCUUCUCCACCAGUAGAGCGUGCUGCCCCUGCUUCGCCCUCCUUCCGCAAUCUCCCCUCUCCUCCCCAAUCGCCCUACUCUCACGGUCCUCACCUGGUGGGAGGACCCGCGAGGGGGCAGGGGGAGUGGGGCGCGGUGGAUGCACCUGGCAAUGCUGCCGGCAGCCGUGGUGCAAGGGCGGGGGGUAGUAUUGCGAGGUCGGGCAGUGUGUUUUCAUUCGGCACGCCUGCUGACUCGGCUGUGUCUGUGGGCAUGGCACAGCUGGGAGGAUUCACCCGCGCAUCUCAACUGCUCACCCGCCCGCCUCCCACCACACAUUCCUUCUCUCCUGCUCCUCCUGCUGCUUCGGCUCCUCCUGCUGCUGUUGUUGCUCCCUCAGCUGUCCCCGUGCGUUCUGAGCCUCGUGGGCGUGCUGCCACGGCCCUUCCAAGCGCUGCCAUGCCGGCGGGCUUGGCUGCGGACUCACCAUGGUCGCUGGGCAUGCGCGCCCGUGUGGGGGAGGGCCGCCUGCAAGCACCGGCACGUACAAGACUGCCGCUACGCCCCUCAUCGCGCUCUGCUGCCAUCAGGCCUGCCGGCGACUCAGGUGGCAACUCCGGCAGUGUGGGCAGCACGAGGGCUGCCGCCCUCGCUCCCGCCAUCCCGCCCUCCUCCACUCCUCCCCCUGCCGCCUCCCUUCCCGCCACACAUGCUGUGGCACCCCCGCUUGGCGUCAGCCCUCACCCGGCUGGCACUGCAGCACAGGUCGAGUCCUGGCAGCAGCUGCAGCAGCCGGUGCCUCGGGCCUCCCAGGGAGCCUUCACUCUGCGCCAAGCUUCAGCUGCUGCUGCCGCUGCUGCGCCCAUGGAAGCGGCGCUGGCAGGAGCUGCAGGAGCGCCAGCAGUGGCAGUGGAGCCAUCAGCGGCGGCAGCAGGUGCUGGCGGCGUGGUUGGUGGUGGGAGGGGCGAAGGGCGGUUGGGGCACGGAGUGGCGGAGUGGGGCGAGGAGGCAGGGGAUGGGCAGGGCAGGUCAGCAGCGGGAGGGGGAGAAGGGCAGGAAGGCAUGCAGGGAGGGGCAAUGGAGGGGAACCUUCGCGUUGGUGCUGAGGGCGAGGGGGUUGGGGAGGGCAGAGGGGAGGGCAGGGGGGGCGGCAGGGGGCAGGGCAGUGCGGAGAUGGCAGAGUCAGACGGCAGCAGCGCGCCCCCUGAGGCUGCUGGGGCGCGGGCAGGGCACGGCAGGUCGCGGCAUGGCAGGUCAUGGCACGGGGGAGCAACGCGCGGUGGGGAGGAUGCGAGGGCCAGGGCUGCGGCGAGGGUGCAGGCGAGGCUGGCGAGCAGGGCGAGCAGGGGCAGGGCGAGUGGCGACUGGGAGGCAAGAGCUGGGAGGAGUGAUGGGGUGAGCGGUGGCAGGCGAUUGGUGGGUGUGGCAGGUGGGAGAGAUCACGCAAGGGGAGUGAGAGCGGGUGGGCGUGGGCAUGGGGAUGAGCACAGCAGGCCUGAGGCUGUGGGGAGUGGUGCAGGCGGGCAGGGCAGUGAGCGCAAUGCCGCACCUCCCUCGCAACCUGCACCUCCUCCGUCAUCCCACGCCCUGCCCUCCACUUCGCCCCAGCCCGUGCUGCUGCCAUCCUUCUCUGCCCACCACAGGCUGCCGCACGCCUGGCGCCAUGUUGGCCGGAAUGAGGGGAUAGGCAUCGGCAGUAGGGGUGGGCGUGGGGAUGGUGAAGGGGGAGAGGAGAGGGAGGAGAGCGGCGAGAGAGGGUUCUUGUUUCAAACAGGGAGGGCGGCAGCUGCAGACGCUCAUGAUACGCAAGCACACGGCUCGCUUGCCACGUCAGCACAUAAUCCCCAGGGCGUGCCAGCGCAUGACCCCCACGGCGUUGCCCCUCACAGCACGGCGGACCUGCCCCUCGCCCCGCACUGGAGCCCCCUCCUCCUGCCCUCCUCCCUCUCCCCUCCGGCGACGAAUCCGGCCCGCUGGCAGGUGCCAGGGAGAAGAGAGCGGGAGGGGAGCGGUGCUGGGGAGGGGAGAGGUGUUGGGGAGGGAGGAGGGCUGGCAGCAGCGCGUUUGCGGUGGAGAGAGGGUGUGAGGGAGAUGGGCGCAGGGGGAGUGGAGGAGUGGCGGAGGUGGCGGGAGUGGGGGAGCGUGCAAGGGAUGGGGGCAGCAGAGAGGGCAGGGGGUGCUGAUGAGUCGAGCGGGGAGGUAGCUGGGGGGGCAGUGGAGGGUGGGGCGGGUGGAUGGGUGGGUGAUGGGGCACAAGGCGAGGGUGUUGGGCAAGGGGUCGAAGGAGAGCAGCUGAGAGCACCGUUGGAUUCUUUGGGUGUGUCUGUGAGCCUCGCAGCAGUGGCAGAUGCUGGGGACGCAGAGGCAGCAGAAGAAGCACCAGCAGUGGAACCACGUGCAGCAGCAGCAGCAGCAGCAGCAGGUGUUCACCCCGCCCUGGCGUCAGCUGCCCUCACCGCUGUUCACCGCUCAGAAGCAGCAGGUGCUGACGCAGCAGCAGCCACAACAGCGGCACAGGGGUUGGCGCAGGAGGAGGCGCGGGAGCGGCGGCGGCGGCUGCAGCGGAUGGUGGAGGAGAGGGCGCAGAUGGCUCGGGACGUUGUGGAGGCUCGGGCCCGGGCGGCACAGCUGCUGGUGGAGGCUCGGGCACGCCAGGAACGGGAGGCGGUGGACCGGCGGGCACGGGAGGCUCGGGAAGCGCUGGAGAGGCGGCUGAGGGAGGCUCGGGAGGCGGUGGAGCGGCGUGCGAGGCAGGCGGUGGAGAGGGUGGUGGAGGGAACGGGCCUGGUGCGUGUGGCGGCUGAAGGUGGUAAUGGGGCUGCUAAUAACGAGGAUGGGGUUGAGCAAGGUGGCAUGGCUGCAGCACAUAUCGAUCCUGUGUUACCAGGCGAUGGGGCAGCAGGUGCGGUUGGGCCUGCUGCAGGGGAGGGUGUGGGUGGGGGAGGUGCAGCAGGUGUGGGUGGGAGAGGGGAGUGGGUGGAGGCGAGGAGGCGGGAGACAGUGGAGGAGAGGCGGGCGCGGCUGCAGCAGCGCUUCUCAGCGCUCACCCGCCUCAUGCUGCGCGACCAGGCAGCCACACGGCACAUGCUGCGCGCCCCUGCCCCUGCUGGGGGGGGCAUGCCUGCUGCUGCGGAUAACGAGGGUGAAGAUGCGCCAGGAGGUGCGAGAGCUGCUGCUGCUGCUGAUGGUGCUGCUGCUGAGGUUGGGAUGGGAGGGGACGCGGAAGGGAGCAGGCGGGGAGGGGAGGCGGAGAGGAGGCGGCACAUGGUGGGCACGUGGAGGCGGGACAGGGCUGGCCGCUCCUUCCGCUCCGCCGCUGACAUGAUCUCCGACCGCCUGGCUCUCUGGCAAGCUCUGGAGUCGGGCAUGGGCGGGGUGGACGCGGCCUUUCAGCGCAUUGCGCCAUUCAACCGCCCCGCCCUCGCACGCAACUUCCCCCUCGCCUUCCGCCUGGCCGCCAUCGACCGCGACUUCAACGAGUCGGACUACGAGAUGCUGCUGGCGCUGGACGAGAUAUCGGCGCCCGUGGUGCGCCUGGGAGCCACGCCCGAGGAGAUCGACCGCCUGCCCGCCACUGCCGUCACGCCGCAGGACAGCGACCUGGACCCGUGUGCCAUCUGCAUCGAGGUGCCCUCGGAGGGGGAGAUGCUCCGCCGCCUGCCCUGCGCACACUCCUUCCACCGCGAUUGCAUUGACGAGUGGCUGAGGCGCCGGGCAGUGUGCCCCAUUUGCAAGCGAGACAUGCGCGGCACCCACCACUGAAGGCGCUGCAAGUGCGGGGAUAAUCACAACAGUGCACAGCAGCGCACAGCAGAUGAGGCAGUGGAGAAGCAGCACAGGACGCAUAACCAUACGCUCGCCAUGAGGCGUGUCUAUAUUCAGUGUUAUAUGUACAGGUGAUUCAUUCAUUUUCCAUGUACCGUCAUGCUAUGAUAAUUCUGGUUGCAUGACAGAAUAUCCAAGCUCAAAUAGUUGUACUACCAAACAUCACAGUUAAUU